CAUGUGCCAGGCACUGGGAUAGAUGCUAGUGACAUACGGAAGAUACAGUUCCCAUCUGCAUCCUGGAGAAGGGGGAGAGCUGAUGAUUAAGAUUUCACAAAGAUUCCCAAGAUUUCACAAGAAUUUCACAAGAUUUCCCAUGUUCUGUUUUCUUUAGGGCCAAUAGGGCUGGUCAGUUUGCUUGUGGCCAAAGCAAUGGGAGCAGCUCAAGUAGUGAUGACUGAUCUGUCGUCUUCUCGAUUGUCCAAAGCCAAGGAAGUCGGGGCUGAUUUAGUCCUCCAGGUCACCAAGGAAACCCCUAAGGAGGUGGCCAGGAAAGUGGAAGGUCUGCUGGGGUGCCAGCCGGAUGUCACCAUUGAGUGCACCGGGGCAGAAGCCUGCAUCCAGACUGGCAUCUACGCCACUGCUUCUGGUGGGACCGUGGUGCUCGUCGGGCUGGGCUCUGAGAUGAACACUGUACCCCUUUUGGACGCAGCCCUCCGGGAAGUGGAUAUCAGGGGCGUGUUCCGAUACUGCAACACGUGAGUAUGCUGUGGGUGAGCCCACGUGGCCAGCCUCCCGCCAGACCAGGGCAGGCCCCACACCGCCUCUGGGACCAAGAGUCUCUGCCUGUUUAUUCAUUAGGGUCACUCUUUGGCCACACUGAGAGUCAUGUGAUAUGAUAGGGAUCCAAAGAGAGAA